CACAAACAAUCAUCAACUAGUUGCUUGCUAAAAGAAAUAGCAAAAAUAGAAGCUAGCUAGCUCCCUAUGUUUGCUUGAUAUCUUUUACCUCUAGUGUUUGAAGGACGCUGUGAUGGAUAUUGACAAAAUAACAAAGGAGCUGGCAGAGAAAGACAUUCGCGAAGCUGUGCACACAGUUCUGACAGAUGAAAGCCAUGGGGAGUUUUCAAGCCUAAGAAUAAUGGAGCUGAAAUGCAUUGAGAUGUCUAAGACACCUAAAGCCCAAUCAACCUUGGAGUCCGUAAAGCUGCCCAAAGACAAUGAUGACAACUUGGAAUCAGGAUCCUGUGAUGACUCCCUGAUUGCUGAACCUCAUGCUUACCAAGCUGAUGCCAUCAAGGCAUCUCUGAACACUGAAAUCCACUCAGUGGUUACUGAGGCCACAGUGGUCUAUGCUAACCAACCCGAGGCACUGUCCAGUGAAGUGCUUCUGGGCACUGAAGGUAAUGGAGAUGAUGCUGACCAUGCUGUGGUGGAUUCUCAGACUUCAGACUGUGACUAUGACCUGGCAUCGGUAGAAUGGCUGGACCCUGGGUGGCACACUGCCCUGGUACUGAUGGAGACCUUGGUGAGUCCUGGCAAUGACCCUGACCUGACUGUGUCUGACUCCAGUGAAGUGUCUCUGAUCACUGACAACCUGCCAGUGGUGGACUCAGCUGUGGACUCCAGAGGGCAGCAGAGGGCAGAAGAUGACUUACAAGGCACUGACCAGCUGCUAAUGAGGUCCUGUGCAGACUGUGUGACCACAGAGAAGCACUGUGCUGUACCCUCUGAGGACUCUUUGAACUCUGACAAGGAAAUCUCCCUCAACAUUAAAGACCAUGAUGACCGACCUGCAGUAGACUUUAACAGAGAUUGUGUGAGCACGUCUGACCAGUCUUUGUCCCCGGUUGCCACUGCUCUUGGAUCAAUAGUCACUGUUGACUCUUUCAAUAAGGCUCUGUUGGUUUCCAAUAAGUUGGACCAGGGCAAAGAUAACCCUAUUGACCAGCCUGUAGUGAAGUCUCAGACCACUGAAAAUCAAAUUAACCCCACGUCGGUGUUAGAGUCCAACCAACCUCUCAUCAAUGAAACCCUGGAAGAUAACAUUAUCUCAGCCCCUGAUGAUAGACCUCUGUUAACUACAGACCGUAUAGGAUCACGGGAGAUUGAAAUGCUUCUAUCUAGAAUGCACUUAGGCAAUGUUAUCACCUGUCAUGAUGACCAGUCUUUGGAGUCAGACAGUGAUGACAUUGUUGACCCUUUGGCUCACAACAGUCAUAGCCAUCAUCUGUGUGAGUCAGUCGUGAGGCCCAAAGCUCAAGUCCAACUCAGUGGACACACUUGGUCACCCUCUUAUGACACUGAUGACUGCCGUCGUUAUGCUCAAGACCGCAUCAUGAUGGAAUACAAAUUCAAAUACAGCCGGGACCAAAAGUCUGCAUGGGUUUCUGUGCCACACUACAUUUUGACUAGAGGGGAGAGUGUGACCCAAAGGAUGGAGGGAGAGAAGAAGUAUGGAGAAAAGGAAUGGGAGAAGUGCUCCUCACAGUGUGACAGGCACUCUCUGAUUGAGCAUAGUGGACAGUGGAUGAUAGCCAGAGCAGUAGAGGCAGACACUGAAGAAAUAGUUCCCAAGCCGUACAUGAGAGACCUAGUUAUGUACGAUGGAUUCAACCAGCUAGAUGAGGAGAGAGUGGGAAAUCAGCUGGUCCUCUCCUCUCUCUCAAGGGCUCUCAAUGAACUUAAGAAGGACAAGGCUUUUUGGAGGUCAAUGAGAGAGGGGGACGAUAAAUUAAUGAGGGAAAACGAGAGAAUGAAAGGUGAGAUGAAAAAGAAAGACAUGAGGAACUUUAACAGUGCCAAAGAACAGAGGGCAGAGAGAAAGAGGGAAAGGAGGAGGGAGAGGAACUGUGAUGUGACUAAAUGGAUGUCCUCCCGGCCCGAAAUAGAAAGUUCCAUUAUAGGACUCCGUCCCAGGCCUCCGUCCCGGCCACUGCUCAGAGAACCAGUCUUAACCAGAACCAGCUUCAGCCGCACCGACGCCAGAACCAUAGAGGUUAGGGAGAUGAUCCUGCAAAGGAGCCGCAUUGCCUACAAGAUCAAGUGCCUGCAACGCCGGAAAGCGGCUGCUGAGGGGUUGACACUGACUAAGGGAGGUGGAGGGCCUGAGGCUAGGGGUGACGGAGAGACAGUGAUGGACAUUACAGGGCAAAGUAAGAAAGCCUCAAAGGGCAAGGGGGCAAAGGGCAAAGAGAGUGGAGGAGGGGAAGGUAGUGAGUGGGCCAAAUUAGGUCUGGAGGAAAUUGCGGAGACAGAUUACAGGAAUAAAGAGAAGAAAACCAAAGUACGGACAGGACAGAGAAGUAAGGACAAGCGAAGAGAGGAAAGAGAGAGACAAAGAUGUCGUAAGGAAACAGAUUUGAUUUCAGACGAAUUAGCUAGAAUGGACAUAGAAAAAAUAGAUGGAGAGAAACAGGAUGAGACUGUGAGCAAGAUCUCUGAGGAAAAGCCUUCUAACAAUGGUUGUGUAGAGACAAAUGAGGGAGAAAAAUAUGGUAAACAGAUGAAAGAAAAGACUAAUAGAACAAUUGUACUUACUGAUGAGGAAGUGAUGAGCAAAGCAUCAGGGGAAAGAGAAGAAGAGGCUAGAGAGGAGAAUGCUAAGACAUUUCAAGAGAGCUUAAAAGUCCAGGAGGUCAGAGAUGGAGAGGAAGGUCCUACAGGAAGAAAGUUAGAGCAUCAGGAAGCUAGAGAGAGUGUGGAGACACAAAACAGUGAUGGAGAUGUACAAUUGAGAGAGAUUUGUAAAAGAAAGGAUGUAGAGGUUACAAAAAUCGAUACCUCCUGUGAUGAAACGUCCAUCAUGGUUCUGGCGAGCCAAGCCCCUGGUAGGCCUAUGACAGCCUCCCAAACUCCAUUGAAGGGCAAAGGAAAGCAACAACGCAACCUUCCGUACAAGAGAAAGGAAGGACUUCAAGAGGAGAUCAAUUCAAAGGGUGAAGUGCUUGAGGGUGGAAGACAAGUAAACUUCCUUGAGUGCCAGGCACAGGAACAGAGAAGUCUGGGUGAGUUGGGCGAGGUUGCAGGCUUCUGGAGGAAGGAGAAAAAAGGCCACAAAGACAGAGAGGUCAAGGAGGAGAAAGCCCGAGAGGGUCAGACAUGGCGAAACCAGGGGGGAAAUGGCAGGGAUCCAUGGAAUGGAGAGACAGAGAGGGGUGGAAGUGGUAGGAGUAGAGGAACUAGACAGAGGGGGAAACAGUUGCGGAUUUUUUCUAAGAAGCAAAGGCAAAAGCACAGCAACUGGAAUGACCACCAUCCAUCAGAGAGCAGCUGUGACUGGAGGAGCAGGGAGGAAGAAGGGCCUGAGAAACAUGUUGAGAGUAGGAUGGACAGGCAGAGAGGUGAGAGGCCUCCGAAGGGGGAGAAGAGCCAUUACUCAGCUAAAGGGAAGAAAUACAUUGAUGUGUGUUAAAUAAAUAAAUAUUAUUUCUGAUGUCA